UGGAUCUACACAUCUAUGAAACUUCAAGAAAGAAAGCACUCCGGUCUUCGGUGUCAUAUAAUUGCGAUUUCCCAUCCCGCCGUGUUUUUGUGCAAAGAAGUCAAAGCAAAGUUCAAGUUCAAGUUCAAAGCAAAUUCAAUAACUGAUUCAGCAGUGUGCAGAGACCUCAUUGUCACUGUGUUCGCCAUACAGCUGAAAGGACUAGACAAACAGGAAAAGGAAGAAAAAAGACCUGUUAACUGUUCUACAUUACACUUAAAGCAGGGAAUCAUGAGGAUCCCAUUUGCCUGCUUGCUGCUGCUUUCUGCCACUGUGCUCUGUCAGGAUGCAUUUGUCUCUGAACGUUACAGGAAGUUCAUAAAGCAGCAUAUUAAUGGGCAAAUGAGUGCAAACAGAUGUGACGGUGUGAUACAAAGAAACGGCAUCACCAAAACUGACAGCAACGAGUGCAAGGAGACCAAUACCUUCAUCCGAGCCACUACUAACAUCGUCAGAGCCAUUUGUGGUCAGGCAGGAGAGCCGUAUGGUGACAUGACCAGAAGUCUCCAACCCUUCGACAUCGUUGUCUGUACACUGAGAAACAACGGGGCCAGGCAUCCUCACUGUCAGUACCGAGGUCAAGCUCGCACCAGGAGAAUUGCAAUUAGAUGUGAACAAGGCUUUCCUGUGCACUAUGACAGAGACAUAGUAGUCUUUGACAACUGAUUAAACGGCAGCUGUGUACUUCUGUCUCUUGUUAAAUAAAAAAAGACAUCUUA